AUGGGAAUCCAAGCAGCUUGGCCUUCUCCCCGAAGACGGUUCUCUAAUUCAACAACAAACCCACAUUCACACAAGUCACCUUACCAUCAGCCUCGCAUUUCGCCUGCAACUGCAAAGGGGAUUAAUGUCCGUAAUGAUCCAGCUUCAGUGAAACUGAAUAGCUUGUCUCAUCAAGACAUGACCAACAAGGAGAAUAUUACUACAAACAAACUUGAAGGACCAAAGUUGAGUAUGGAGCCAAUGCAGAUGAAGAAAAAGAAAAAGGGUGGAGGAUACAAUUUGCGCAAAAGCUUAGCUUGGAAUCAAGCAUUUUUCACUGAAGAUGGUGUCUUGGAUCCCAUUGAGUUAUCCAUGAUUACUGGGACGCUUGGAAAUUCUUCCAGAGAGGCGCUUUGUGCUAUUACUGAAGAAGCAACCACCUCUCUUUCUAAUGAUAUUCAGUUCAACCGUGAUUCUGCUAACCCAUGUACACCUGAGAAGAAUUUAUUUAAAGCAUCACCGGCUGCUUGUUCCGGUAAAGAUCGAGGGACAGUUUGUUUGUCUCUGAAGCAUACUUCACCAGCUCACAUUCGUCAGGCUUCAACUUCUGUGGCCUCUCAUAAAGUCCUUUCAACUCAUGGGGCUAGAAAAACGGCAGCCAGAGCUAGUAGCUCUCCGAGAUCCUUGCCUCUGUCAACAUCUAUGAAAAGGCCUGCUAACAUUAAUGCCCAAAAAGCUGUUUCCAAGGAGUCAAGCUUCGAAAAUUCCCUGUUUCAAUGCCAGGUCAUCCAUCGAUUCCAGCAACUAAUAAGCGCACUAUAGGUGGAGCAACUUCCUUAAAACAAAAUCAGAUGUUGCAGCCAGUUGUUAAUACCCAGAGAAAUACAGAACUAAAAAGCUACUCAAAAAGUGUAAAAAACACAGAGAGUAAAGCAAAGGCUGUUUCUGAAGAGUUACUCAAUAAAUCCUCUGCCUCACAUGCUAAGAGAAACAAAGUUAAUCCCCCUAUUAGUUGCAUGCCUAUUAGUCUGCAUGCAACAACCAAUUAUGUCCCAUACAGGUCAACAAAGUCCAUAGUUCUGGCUCAAAAUUGAUUCUAGAUGAUGUCCCUUCAGUUAUCACUGUGGAUUCAUCUGACAGCCAAGAUGUUACCACACAACUAGCAGUUAGGCUUCCUUCAAGCAAUGUCAUCACUGGUACAACUUUGCAGCAUACACAAAGUCAAUCAACAAAACCAUCAGGUCUGAGAAUGCCAUCUCCGUCACUAGGAUUUUUUGGUCAGUCAAAAUUUCCAGCUUCAAGUUGCUUUUCACACAGAAUUGUUGACCCUAGUCAUCGACGAGGUAAACUUGGUGACUGGAGGCCACCGCAAUUGCCAGCAAAAAUUCCUGGAGUUGUUGAUGGUAAAAUGCUGACUUCACGUGUCUCACGCUCAAGAUUUAAUCUUAGUGCCGUUUCAAUUGAUGCAAUUACACCUGAUGUGGGCAAAGAUGCUAUGAUGGAUGGGAAGAAGAUUCCACAUGAACCUAAUCACUGUGAGCUUGAGAGCGAUAAGAAUAGGUUGCUGAGCAUCACUGAUACAAAUGGGAAAUUUAAGAAUCAUGUCAAGGUGAAAGCAUUGCUGCAGUUGAUAAAGAUGGAGAAGCGGAGAUGAAAGAGAAUAUAAAUCUCUUAAAAAUUCCAUCUUGUAGAAGUAUGA